AUGGCAGCUCGAAUCCCGUCGUUUGUGAGGAAGAAAAUAUCCGUCAAGCUCGACAAGAGCGAAAAAAGCGUCUCCGGCUCCUCCUCCCCCGGCGGACCACAGCCAGACAACGACGUCUACACAACGUCCAGCAAGAUCAAAUGUUCCGAGUGUGGGAACGAGGACUACUUCGAAUACGUCAACAGCGAAGAGGACGCCAACUGCAAGGAGUGCAGGCAUAAGAAGUGCGACGACUGCAAGAUAGUCUAG